AUUGUCAACACGCAAAUGCUCGCGCCGAAUGACUCCAUUCCCCGAUAGUCUUCGCCGUGUCCAAUAUGAAUAGGAACGGCUACGAGGCUGAGUGUCGCGUUCUGUCGGGGUUUACACGACGAUCCAGCUUACCAAAGCAACGUCUGCGAUCCGGUUCUGGACCGCACAAGGAGCAUCACAGGCAAUACAAGCAGGUCUUCACGUUGGUGGCCGGUAAAGUAUAAGAUACAAUAGCCAUGCUUCAUCCGGCUGUCGACGAUGGUUCUUCGUUAUCAACAUUCCACCAUCACGCUUCCCAGGUAGUCGAAUCCAAAUGCCCGCAGACCUUGUUGAGCUUGACUCUCUGAGCAUCACAGCAAUCAUCAACGAUGAAAUUGACUUGAUUUCCCCUUCACGACAUCCUGAUGUCGAAGUUCCCGGUUCUUUUGCAGGUGUUCCAGUCCAAUUUCACCACGGACAAGAAUGGACAGAUGCACGCGGCGGCGCGAACGCAGAGAUGCGUAUGGACAGUAUCUGUUGCGGUGCUCACGGAUUGAGUCUGCUAGUGACUGCCACAAAAGGCGAGACAACACACACCCUACUGUUUGAUGCCGGACCCGAAGCAGAGGCAUUCGAGCGCAACGCCCGACGACUUGGUCUGGUCGGCGACAAUGCUUGCAUAUGCAAUGUCGAAACCAUCGUCCUGUCCCACUGGCAUCGAGAUCACUCCGGCGGGCUGAUCAAGGCCAUUGACCUAAUCAAUUCGACAAAGGCCCAAAGGACAUCUCACACGGCAGCAGAACCAGGGCUAGUGGUCGAUAUCCCUCCUGACCGCCCUCUCUACCGCGGAAUUGCGCAUCACAGCGGCCCAAUCUGUCUCGAAGCCGACCCGACACCAGACGAAAUCACGGCAGCUGGCGCCCAAGUAGUCGAGGAUGCUUCAAGUCACGGCGUCUUGGACGGCUUCUUCGCCGUGACAGGCGCGAUACCGCGGCUUACGACCUAUGAAACGGGGAUCCCUGGAGGCGUCAGACUUAAUAGAGUCGACGACCCCGAGCGGAGAUGGAUCAAGGACGAAGAAAUCAAGGAAGAAAGGGUUGUGGUUUGUCGACUGAAAGGCAAAGGCCUGGUCAUUUUCACGGGUUGUUCACAUGCGGGCAUCGUCAACAUUGCCUACGAUGUCCUGCAAGCAUUCUCCUCUCCUGCAAGGCAAAGCGACGACUUCUACGCACUAAUCGGCGGAUACCACCUCGCAGAUGCUUCCGAAUUGCGGCUGCAGAAUACAUUGACCGACUUGAUCGACUUGAAUCCGAAGCUGCUAAUGCCAGGACACUGCACGGGUUGGCGGUUCAGGGCUUUACUUGAGCAGUCCGCCUCAGGGUCAAGCAGGAACCGCAUUCCACAGAGCGCUAACAACACUCUCCAAGGUCGGACGGUCCCUAUCUUUGCAGGGAACAAGUACCGCCUCUCUGGCAUCUAGAGGCUGAGGCUCUUCUCUUAAGUAGUGAUCGGCCCAGACAGAAGACUACCUCGAUGAACUUUAGAUACUUCUAGUCUGCAGUGCGCCGUGAAGAAUUCGGUCAGCCUUGGGCAGUGAUGCCAGUAUUAGCCCUGAAACCCCCUGAUCGGCGGUGGGCUGUGGACAGCAAGCAGUGGGCAUCACAUAGUAGAUAGAUCUCGCUGUCAGUGAUACUGACCAUACCUCCUUCUGGUCUACUUUCU